AUGCCGUUAUCAGAUGGAUAUCGUUAUUGUCUAACAUGCGUAGAUCGUUUUUCACGUUGGCCUGAAGCAAUCCAUAUAGAUAAUCAGGAAGCAGCUACAGUAGCAAGAGCAUUCUUUUCUAACUGGAUAGCAAGAUUCGGAGCUCCCUUAAGAGUUACAUCAGAUCAGGGUAGACAGUUUGAAUCGUGUUUAUUUGAGCAGCUCAACCGAUUAAUGGGAACUACACAUUUCAGGACAACUGCUUAUCACCCGGCUUCUAAUGGUAUGGUUGAAAGAUUUCAUAGACAAUUAAAAGCCGCGAUAAGAUGUCAUAAUACUGAGCGUUGGGCGGAGAUAUUACCGACGGUUAUGCUUGGUAUUCGAUCAGCAUGGAAAGAAGAUCUUCAAGCGACUGUCGCUGAGAUGUUAUAUGGCGAGACUUUAAGAUUACCGGGUGCCAUGCUGGUACCAACCCAAGUGACCAGUCAUAGUGAGACCGAUUUUGUAAAAAAUCUUAGGAAGCAGAUGAAAAUGGUUAGGCCUGUGACUGGCACAAGGCAUGGAGUAAAACCAACCUUUAGGUUCAAGGAGAUAGAAAAGGCUAAAUAUGUAUUCCUUCGAAAUGAUGGACCAAAAAGACCUCUGCAGAACCCUUAUGAAGGCCCAUUUGAAGUUUUAUCACGAUCUUCAAAAACUUUCAAAUUAAUGAUACGUGGUAAAAAUGUCACCGUUUCAGUAGAUCGGAUUAAACCAGUCUACGAAAUAGCGGUGAAAACAAAUGAUUGA